AUGGCGAGAAAAAACAAAGGUCGUCAAAAGAUAGAGAUGGUGAAAAUGAAAAACGAAAAUAACCUUCAAGUUACUUUCUCGAAAAGAAGAUCUGGUCUUUUUAAAAAGGCUAGUGAACUUUGUACACUUUGUGGUGCGGAAAUCGCUCUUAUUGUGUUUUCACCUGGUCGGAAAGUCUUUUCUUUUGGUCAUCCAAAUGUUGGUCAUGUAAUUGAUCGCUUCUUAAACCAUAAUCCACCUCAUCUUCAUCAACAAACCAAUAUGCAACUUAAUGAAAUCCGUCGAAACGUGGUUAUACGAGAUCUCAACGAUCAGCUCACUGAGGUGACAGAACAGCUGGAAGUGGAGAAAAAGAGAAACGAAGACUUGAAGAAAAGGAGAAAAGAGAGUAAAAUGCCUGAGAACUGGUGGGAAGAACCCAUAGAAAGAAUGAACUUGACUCAACUCAAUGCAUUCAAAUGUGGUCUGGAAAAUUUGAGAAAAUCAGUGACAGCUGAAGCCUCCAAGUAUCUUCAAGCAACGGUUCCUCAUCAUAACUUCUAUGCUGGAAGUUCUAGUAAUGCUGCUUUUGGUGAUGAUGGUAACAUGAUCAACACUCAUUUGGAUCUUUUUAACCAUCGAAGAAUGGUGAGCAUGAACACAUUCAAUUGCAAUCACAACAUGAUGAUUGUUCCUGUUCCUGAUCAUCAUACUACAGCACCGUUUCCAAGUAAUGGUGAUAAUAAUGUUCCUCAAGGGUUCGCUCCGGAAGACAAUCAAAACCAGAAUCAAUAUUGUUUUAAGCAAGAAAACAUUUCUGAAUGUGACCACCAUCCUGAUCAUCCUCCUCACUUUGGACAUGGUUACCAUUAA